AGAUCACUCAAGCAGGAAAUGAGUGAAUGUCAUCAGCUGCAAAAGCACGCAUGAAUGUAACAUGGAAUAAUCUAUUUUAUGAUCAUUGAAUGUGAUUUAUGAAAACACGGCAUUGAUGUCGACGUAUGCACAUGGCUUGUUAUUUCAGAAGAAGUAUUGCAUCGAAGGUAAUCGCAUGUGUUCUGUAUAGUUUGUGUUGCUAGCUAACGUUAGCUGUAUGGGGUUUCCUGUAGUGCAUAAUGUUAGCAAAUAUUAUCCGCAUGUUACUGCCUGGCAUUCUUUAGAACCAAGAUGCCCUCGGUCUGUUUAAAUAUAUAACUAUCAUCUCCAUCGGCAAUUAACAUUGAUAUAAGAGUAUUCUGAAUAUUUCAAGCUGGUGAAUGUAGGUAAUCAUGACUUCAAAACAUAGCAACAGUUUAUGCUAUGGGGUUCAAUUGACACAACAACAAUGUGUAUUGCAGUUGUUUUCAUGUUUGACCUCUCUUGGUUUAGCUCUCUAGGGCUUUGGGACGGUCUGAAGAUGCCUUCAUUUCUGCUCUCUGUGCUAUCCCAGUCUCCAAAAAACAGUUAAGUGUGUGUGUUCAGUGGUGGAAAAAAUCCUGAAUUGUCAUACUUGAGUAAAAGUAAAGAUGCCUUAAUAGAAAAUUACUCAAGUGAAAGUCACCCAGUAAAAUACUGCUUGAGUAAAAGUAUUUGGUUUUAAAAAUACUUAAGAAUCAAAAGUAAAUGUAAUUGCUAAAAUAUACUUAAGUAUCAAAAGUUAAAGUAUAAAUAAUUUCACAUUCCUUAUAUUAAGCAAACCAGACAGCACAAUUUUCUUGUUUUAUUAUUUUACGAAUAGCCAGGGGCACACUCCAAUACUGAGACAUAAUUUACAAACGAAGCAUUUGUGUUUAGUGAGUCUGCCAGAUCAGAGGCAGUAUGGAUGACUAAGUGUGUGAAUUGGAAAAAUGAUCUGUCCUGCUUAGUAUUCAAGAUGUAACUAGUACUUUUGGGUGUCAGGGAAAAUGUAUAGAGUAAAAUGUACAUUAUUUUCUUUAGGAAUGUAGUGGAGUAAAAGUUGUCAAUGAUAUAAAUAAUAAAGUACAGAUACCCCAAAAAACUACUUAAGUAGUAUUUUAAUGUAAUUACUUUACACCUGUGUGUGUGUGUGUGAGAGAGAGAGAUCUGCUGAAGGAAAUCUCAGUCCUAGUCUGGUCCUUACAGAUCACUCAAUCAAACAUGAGUAUCACUACACAGUCACCAUGUUUCUCAAUGGUUCUUAUGAUAUUGUUCGCCUCAGGCAAUCCCCUGAUUUCCGGUUGUCAGUCAACACUCUGCUGAGGAAUGGGAUCCUGCCAGCUAAUGGAGACCUCCAGGCACAGACAGAGGCUCUGGCCAGACAGGUGGGGCCCCCUAGCGUUGAAGGGUGAAGUUGCAGUGUAGAUGCUGAUCUUAGGUCAGGUUAGCAUUUCCCACCACUAAUUGUUACGGUUUGGAUUGGGGGAGGAGAAACAGAUCCUAGAUCUGUACCUAGGGGAAACUUCACCCUGAAACGUUUAGUGGUCAGUCACAUACUCACACUUCACUGAUAUUUUGAUUUCACACUCCUGUCAGAAUUACAGUGCAUGUUAUUUCCUUUCAGUUAAAGCAAGACAGUGUGGUGGAAGAAAUAUUUGCUGGACGGGGAGUGAUACACUUUAGAGUUAGUCGGACUCUGUUAGUACAGGUGAAUAUGCCUUUUACCCAACUUUUUUCAUUUUGAUAUUGUCAGUUGGAAAGCUGCAGACUGGUUGAAAUAUUUGUAUCAACCAGCGUGUAGGAAUAAAAUGUAUAUAAUUGAACAAGACAACCAUCUGGAAGUCUACACAUUUGUUUUUGUUUUGUUGUUUCAGAAAGUUUUAGAGCAGUUGUGCCAAGAACGUCACAAAUUUGGUGUGAAAAGUGAACUUUUCGAUGGCCUCAAAAAAGGAACAACUGUGGUGGAGUUUAGGUAUUGAAAUAUGUUCUCCUCAACCGUCCAUUCGUUGGGAUUGUUUCAGAGUAGGUGGUUGAGGCAAAGUGUUAAGAGGCAACCACUAAAGAAAAAGCUACCUUCUUUUAUGAAUUUAUUGACAACAUUUCCCUUUUGUUUUUCUUACAGUUCUCCAAAUAUUGCCAAGAAGUUUCAUGCUGGACAUCUGCGUUCCACCAUUAUUGGUGAGAAUCAGUUGAAGUUCUUUAACGUACCAGGAGAGGGUAGAGUUUAUUGUCAUAUUGUUCCUGACCUCAGGCUAAAUUCAGGAUGUGUUUGAAAUAUUUUAUCUAUUGUGACUGAAAUGCACAAUGUUCUUUUUAGGUAACUUCAUUGCCAACCUGAAAGAAUCCUUGGGAAAUAAUGUAUUGAGAGUGAAUUACCUGGGAGAUUGGGGCAUGCAGUUUGGUGAGUUAAGCAGAGAAGAAUAACAUAAAGGAAUACACUGAGAAGCAUUAAAGGUAGACUCAGUGAAAUGAUGUUGCCACAAGCAUCAAAGCAGAUAUUUCCAUGCAUGUGAUGCAAGACUUCACUCCCACAAAGUCACACACAGUGAGUGCACGCAUGUCACUGUCUUUAUUAUUGGAUCAGUACCACUGAAAAGUUUUUUUGGGGACAAUAAUGUCCUCCAGGCUAGAUAGAUGUCAUAUUGUACAAUUUGUGUCUCCCGUUUUCGUAGACCUAUAUUAGAUGGUUGCAUUCAAGACAAGGACGUUCUUACUGAUCUGUUUGUCAGUGUCAGCAGAGUGGGCUACUAAUUUGUGUCGUAUUAAAAAAGAUGUUGCUUGUGUCUCCAGUCAUAUAAAGUGUAGUAAAAUUGCAUGAAAUGUGUUUAUAAAAUGCCAAAUUCUUCUCAUGCAAAGAAAGGAGAAGAAAUGCCUCUGAUUAGGCCUACUCUGUCACUAGGUGCUCAGGCAUACAUUGUUCAGAACUGUCUGUUUUGCUACCAGUGAUUGAGUUAUAUUAUUAGCCUAAAUUAUGACUAUGCAAUCUACACAUCACAUUAGGAGUAGUAACCUAUCUUACAUUAUUUUGCAAAUGGGAAGAUGGAUGCAUGCAAUCCUUUAUUGUAAAGGAUUUUAUGGUGAAAAAACUGCUUCUCCAAACUUGAAACUCACGCACUGCCUGGAUAUCGCCAUUUGAAGUCGACCUUGAUGUGACUUGAUAGCGUGUAUUAUGCAUCUAUUUCACAUUGCAAUAUAUGUGCCAUUCCACAAGUAAAUGAGUCAAUUUAUGAGGAGGUUGAGUAGUGGUUGACAUUGUAUAUGCCGUUCCACAGACCUUUAAACCUAAUAUUGCGGUGAUAAUUAAUGGCUGGGGUCAUUUCUGUUUGUUUUUGUUUUUCCAAAUAGCAUUUUAGAGUAUAAAUUGUGUAGAAAUGCAGUAAGCGAGCUUCAACUUUGGGCACCUACGUCAUAUCACAAAGUCUACCUUUAAGCAAAAAUAAAUCUAGAUAUUUGAUUACUGGUACCACAACUUUUUGAAAAUAAGAAUGAUAGUUUUCGCUGAAAGGUAUAGUAAACCAUUGCCUUUGGAAAUGGGACCAGGUUUCCAUAACCUCUUCUUUGCCUGUGGAUUUUAGGUCUGCUGGGAGCUGGCUUUCAGCGCUUUGGGUGUCAGGAGAAAUUGAAAAAGAAUCCCUUACAACAUCUAUUUGAUGUAAGUUUUGAGAAUCAUAGUAGUUCUGAGAGAAAAGUUGAACCACUGCCCUCUUGUAUUAUGUUUUUUAUGCAGUCAUGUCAGUAGGUGUGAACACGUCUUUGGCGGCCUACCCUUACAUGUUUGUGUGUAUACAUGUCCUGUAGGUUUACGUUCAGGUGAACAAGGAGGCGGAGAACAAUGAGGUCAUAGGACAGGCGGCCAGAGAGUUCUUUAGACAGCUGGAACAGCAGGAACACCAGGCCCUGUUACUAUGGAAACAGUUUAGAGAGAUCACAGUGGAGGAGUACCAACAAGUCUACAAGGUAUUGACCCGGCCUGCACACCUCUGACCAACUAGCCACUAGCCAAAAAGCUGUUGUAGGACUAUACUGUUUUAAUUUAAUAAAACAGUUUGGGCAAAAGGUAUUUACACUACUCAAGCAAACACUGUUCGUAUUGAAUUCCAUGCACUGCCUAACAAACUCAGACAGGGUUGUCAUUCCAGGAAAGUGCACAAGACUUUAGGGCCUUUGUAACACAGUUUUGUUAUCAGAUGUCAAUAUUAGUACAAUGUGUUUCUGUUCCUCAGCGUUUAGGGGUUCACUUUGACAUCUACUCUGGAGAGUCAUUUCACCAACAACAAGCCCAGGAGGUGGUACAGCGGCUACAGAGACUAGGCCUACUAAAAACCACAGAGUAUGUCACGGAAGCAAACAACCUUAUGAGUAAUGAAAGAGCAUUGUGUAAAUGUCAUACACUAAGCAAACUGUCAUCACAGACCUUUAAAGUAAACAUUCCCACCCAACAUCUAGUACUACUGUGUGUUUAGUUAAACAGAGAAAUUAUCUAUGGAUUAUUUAUAGGGAAGUAUGUAGAAAUAAAACAAAUGUGAAUUGUUCAUAGGUAAGUGAUUGUAUAUGUAGAAGAAGCGUGUCCAAUUAACAAACAAAAGUGAUUGUAUAUAACUGUUAACAGGAAGGGGACCAGCGUGGUGGAUCUCUCUUCAGCUGGAGACAUGUCCAGCUACUCCACAGUACUACGCAGUGAUGGGACAUCUCUCUAUAUCACCAGGUCUGUGCUGCUUUAGAAGGUUGACAGUGAUGUUAUGACUGGUGUGCAAAACCUUAGUAAUUAUCAAGUGACACGAAUCUUGUUUAUCAUUUUUGUCAUAUUGUGUGUUUCCAGAGAUCUUGCUGCAGCCAUAGAUCGAAAGGAAAGGUACAAUUUCGAUGAGAUGAUCUAUGUGGUAAGUAUUCUGCCAAACUGCUCUAACCCUCAGCAAUGGCUACAAAAAGUAGUGUUAUAUGAACUUUUAUCUAAACUUAUUAACAUUUGUUUCUUUGUGAAGACAGACAAAAGUCAAGGGAUUCAUUUCCAGCAGCUGUUCCAGAUCCUCUUGGCUAUGGGACACUCGUGGGCUGAAAGGUAAACACUGUGUACACAGCUGUCACAAUACAAACAAUCGAUUGUUUCUACAGAGAUAAAGUAUGGGACUAUCUGGUUUGAGGGUUUGGUUUUCACCCUCACUGUUAUGCUGCAGGCACAGAGAUGCAUGCAGUUGUUGUAUAUGUUUUAUCUGUUAUGUUUAUGUAUAUGUAGGUAUUGUUUUAUCUGUUUGGCUGCAGGUGCCAGCAUGUGCCGUUUGGCCUGGUGCAGGGUAUGAAGACGAGGCUGGGAGAGGUGGUUUUCCUGGAAGACAUUCUGGAUGAAGCCCGGGCUAGGAUGCUCAGGAACAUGAGCCAGUCUAAGAGUAAGGACAUGGCAUGGGAUUCAUUAUAGCGAUUUUGUGUGCGUCCCAAAUGAAACCCAAAGUAAUAGGAAUUUGCAGGUGAACAAAAGAGAAGAGCAGUCCCAGAUAAAGUCAAUCAAAAAUCAAUCUGGUUAAUUACAAGUUGCAACAGGGAGACACCACCCAGCACAGAAGCAGAGAAAAUGUCUAACUGGCCUUCUCGGAGAAGGCCAUUCUACCAUAAUCAGCAGACAACUGUUCUGUAAACACCAGCCCAAUAGGCUUGUAGGAAGUCAAAACAAAAGGCAGUGACUUUGUCAGCUGCUAAAGAAUCACACAAUGUUUCACAGAAUACAAUAAUAAUCAGUGUCAUUGUACCUCCAGUCUGGCGUCAAUCACUAUCAACAGAUAUGAGUUGAAUCCAUAACAUACUGCAUCGAGUCUAGUGACCAUCAACCCGAGUGUCACAAACAGAACACUGGAAAUCGUGUGUAUUACAGAAAGGGAAAAUAUGAAUAUGCUAAACUAUGUUAAUCACUCUAAACUGAAUAUUAACUUAAUUACAUUUACAUUACAUUUACGUCAUUUAGCAGACGCUCUUAUCCAGAGCGACUUAUAAAUUCAUCUUAAAUAUUCUCAUUACACCCUAUUUCCUAUAUAGUGCAGUACUUUUGACCAGGGAACAUAGGGCUCUUGUCAAAAGUAGUGCCCUAUGCAGGGAAUAGGGUGCCAUUCAGGAGUCAGCCUAGGUGUAUAGUUAUUAGUCAUUAAUAAUCUGUCAAUUAACGUUCUUUAAAUCUCCUCAGCCACCAAGGAAAUGGUGUAUCCAGAAGACACCGCUGAGAAAGUGGGGAUCAGCGCGCUCAUAGUUCAGGUGAACCAGUUAUACCAACCUUAAAGAAUAUGACAUACGAAGGACAAACAAAACAAAGGGUAAGAACACUGUGGGUGUGUACGUGUAGCGACAGGUGUCUCUUUGGAAAUAGGUUAUUGAAGCAUAAAAAUAAUGGAAGAUUGCUCUAGGUUAUGCUCAGGCAUGAUCCUGUUUUCUGUCUUUCCUGUCUCAGGACUUUAAAGGGCCUCUAGGAUCAGACUACAAGUUUGACUGGGACAGGAUCCUCCAGGCCCAGGGUGAUACCGGGGUGUUCCUACAGUACACACACGCCAGGCUCUGUAGGUGAGCGAUGAGGAACCAUUCACCAGUUCACAACCUGCAGGACCUUCAAGAAUAUAGAAUGCUAUUACAAUUUUUUCGUUUUGUUAUUUAUUUAACUAGGCAAGUCAGUUAAGAACAAAUUCUUAUUUACAAUGACGGCGUACUUGUAAAGCCCCCCCGGCCAAACCCUCCCCUAACCCGGACGAUGCUGAGCCAAUUGUGCGCCACCCUAUGGGACUCCCUAUCACGGCCGGUUGUGAUACAGCCCGGGAUCGAAUCCGGGUCUGUAGUGACACCUCUAGCACUGUAAUGCACUCGGGAAACAAUACAUGAACUGACUCGUGAUUAAGAACUCAUUAAUGUCUGACUUCUCAACAACUGUUGUCAUUUCAGUUUAAUACAUAGGCAUGGCGACGGAGAGGAAGGUGCCUUUGACCCGUCACUUCUUAUAGAUCAGAGGAGUAUUUCUAUACUCCAGCACUUGCUUCGGUAAGCGAAUGCCCUCUAACCCCACACAUAGAGGAGAAUGGUCAGGGUUACUCUUCACUGAUUGCAUGAUGGGCCGGGAUGGUUCCGACCAGGAAACAAAUUCAAUAACCUGUUCUCGUUCCUGUUGCAUUUCAAUAUGUCAUAGAGGAAUGAAAAUAUGUGGGUGUGGUAUUGGGUGGGGUACUCAGAUGAACAGAUACGUGUUGGUAAAAUAAAUGCAGUCACACCAGAACAUGCUGUUUUCACAUCAUUCACAAUGUGACGUGUGCCGUCUAUUUUCAGCUAUGACGAAGUUCUAUACCAAUCUGCACAGGAUCUGCAGCCAAAACAUCUCGUCAACUUCCUUAUGACACUGAGGUAAGGAGCAGGAUGUUCAUGUGUGAAAUCCAGGCACAAUGGACAUGAUUAUAUUACCUAACCAUAAAAUGUAUUUGAUCUCCUUCCUGGCUAGUCACCUGGUUGCAUCAGCACACAGGGAGCUGCCAGUGAAGGGAAGCCCUCAAGCUGUCGCACAGGUAGAUAAGCACUGAUAAUUUGCUCAAAUAUCUUAUUCAAUAUAGUGUCAUUUCAGUCAACGGAUGCAUUAAGGGCCUGGUGUACUCAGAUUAAAUGCUAUCCAAUGAAUGGCCUUCCUUGGAAAAUGUAUUUUAUACGGGCAUAGCCAUAUAUUUUACAAAUCUACCUUUGACCAUUUGCUAAUAGGUUUUAGUACUAUCCUUUGAUAAGGAACAUGUUCAUGAUGUAAACUGUUGAGAUAUGAUUCAGAUAAUUUGUUAAUCCUCCUCGACAGGCAAGGCUGCGGCUCUUCAGUGGUGUCUGCACUGUGUUGGCCAACGGGAUGAAAAUAUUAGGCAUCACACCAGUCGAGAAAAUGUGAACAAUCAACGCCUGCUUGAUCAAUGUUCCUGUGUAUGUAGUUAUUGUAUUAAUGUAAAUAAAUGUAGUCUUGAUUUAACACUUCCACAUGAUAAAUGACUGGUUUCUGGUUGCAUCAAAUCCAAUGUCUUUGCUUUGACAGGAUAGGGAACUGCCC